AUAACAGCUUCUUUGGAUUUCUGUCAUAGAUUUAGUGGUACAACACUAAAAGAAAAGUUGGCCUGACAGUUUUGUUCAUCCAUUAUCAGUCUAUGUCUAUGAGAAAGAGCUUGUAUUUACUUAACACGUGUUUUAAGAACAAUGGUGCAGGACCCAAGAGAUGAAGCCUGGAGAAACAGAAGAAAAGGGAGGACGUGUGAAGACCUCACCAUUUGGCAAAUGUGUGAAGGUACACUCACCUAUAUAAUACACGCAGAGACAAACGGAGAGGCAUUAGAAGAAAAGAUACAGAAGCGAACAGUCAUCCUUUGGAAUAUUUGAAACGCAAAGGAAACCUUUAAACCAUUUAAACAGCAUUGCUUUACAAUGAGUGAGGUGCUGAUUUGAGAAACCAGAAAGCAAGUAGAAAAGGACAUCCACCAAAAAAAUGCUAGGUGUGGAAAUGUAUCCUAGUUUGGCUCUGGGACCACAGAGACUGGGCGACUGCUUUUACAGAGAUCGUGAGCCGUCAGCACAUGUGCCGUUAUACCCAACAACAUGUGACAUGGCUGCUCGUGGCCUUCCUCCGCGGCUGCUGCAGCCGCCUCCUGCCACUGUCGAGACACCUGGGAAUCCUCAGGAUACUGUCAAAAUGGAACUUGAGAAUGCAUCAUUGUGGAAGCAAUUCAGUUCAGUUGGCACCGAGAUGAUUGUUACAAAGAAGGGCAGGAGAAUGUUUCCACAGCUGCGAGUGAAAUUGUCAGGAUUGAACCCAUCACUGCGUUACAUUCUUCUUUUGGACAUUGUACCUGUCGAUUCCUCUCGCUACCGUUUUCAGGACAACAGCUGGCAGGUUGUAGGUGGGGCAGAGGCUCGGCUACCAGACCGCGUCUUUAUCCACCCAGAUUCACCUGCGACUGGAGAGCACUGGCAGAACCGAACCAUAUCCUUCCACCGGGCCAAGCUCACCAAUAACACAUUAGACGCACAAGGAUAUGUCAUCCUCCACUCCCUCCAUCGAUACCAGCCACGCAUCCAUGUGAUUGAAGCACGAGAUGUGCUGAUGUGGGGAAGAGCUCAGCACUCCUUCACCUUUCCUGAAACACAGUUCAUUACGGUCACUGCAUACCAGAACAGCAAGAUCACUGACCUAAAGAUCAACUCCAAUCCUUUUGCAAAAGGCUUUAGAGAGAAUGGAAUGAACUGCAAGAAACAAAGAGAGGCAAGGUUAAAGAGGAAAAAUACUCCCAAUCAAGAGGAGUCCCUGGAUAUUGAGUCAUGUGACCCUUGUGAUUCUACUGAGGUCCUCCAACAAUCUGUGGAACUUACAAAUUCUGCCCUGUCAAUGAUAAAUACUGGCCUUCCUAUCACAGGCCAAAACUUUCACACAGAUGUACAAUCUCUGCAAGAACAGACAGUCUCUGGCCAACCACUUGUCCUUAGUCAAGCAUUUUUGACUUCUGAGGUGUCUGACAUUCCCUCUUCAAUGGAGAGUCAACAGCAAACAACCUCGGACAAUAAUGUAAACAACACCAUGAUGGAUGGGUCUGGUCAAAUGAUGGACCUUCCUGCAUACAUGUCAACUUUUCCAACCACUCAGCUCAGCUCCUCAGUGCACCCAUCAGUACCUAUGCCUCAGUCAUCUUCCAUCUAUUCUGGUGUGUCCUCCACACAGAAUUCUGACCUUGAGCUUCCUCAGGACUCCACUACUGGCUCUCCACCCUCUAUGUCCACAUAUUCAUCUAUACUUUCAUCAGAUUUUUCUUCUCAGAUCUCCUCCACUACUUUACCAUCAUCUGCAACCUCUCCUCCAGGCUCUUCUUACCCUCCUCUAUCUCAUUGCACCUCUCCGCACCUUCUACCACCUUCAUCAUAUCACUCUCUUCUUCCACCGGACCAGUGUCAGGACAACUUAAGUCCCCAUACACCUACAGAUCCAACUUUCCAGUCUAUCCCACCUUCCUCUUGUCACCGUUCUGGGUUAACUAUUGACCCUGCUCAAAAUCAAGUAGAUGAAGGUGGAUUAAGCUCCUCCAACGCAUCAACUCCUGUUGACCAAAACUCAACUCAAACAUCUUUUCCCUUUCCUCCGGUGCAGUCCUCAAACGAUCCUGACCCAACAUCCCCUCCAUGCCAAACCCUGCCCCAAACUGCCCUCCCCUUCCCCGCUGUGGCACAGUGCAACUCCAACCCCAAUCUUACCCCAUCUGAACCAAACAUGACCCUAACUGCUUUUCCAUUUCCUCCAGCACAGUCCACUCCUAACACUAUAAUGACUCCCUCCAAUUCCAACACAACUGUCUUCCCCUUUCCCCAUGUUCAACAGAAUCAUAGCCACCACCUCAAUACUUAUGGAUCUACCCAAAUUCCAACAGCUGGUUCUUUUACACUUCCACAAUCAUUACCUACUUCUUGUCUGAGCACUGUCACAUCAGUUACAAACCCAAUUUAUCCAACAGCUGGCCCUUUUUCCCUCCAACCCACCAAUGUUGUCCAUCAAGGCCAUAUACAGGCUGUUUCCAGCACACUUCACCCUGCCACAGCAUAUCAAGUACCGGCAUUCCCCGAAUCUUUUCCCAAGUACAACACUCCUGGAUCUAAUCCUGGUCCAAAAUCUCACCCUUCUUACCCCUUCUCCACUCACCUUCCAUCUGGUCCACAUCCACUUCAGAGCCUAACUCUGCCAUCAUCCAACUCAAUUCAUAGCGUUCCUAGAAUCCCUAACACGGCCCAAAUUCAAUUUACACAGUCAUAUCCUAAUCCCUCCCUCUCUCACAUUCCUCCCCAAACAGCAAACCCUUCCCAGAUCUCAUCUCAGUCCUUUCCUCCCAUUCAAUCAUCAAACACCUCUCAUUUAGUGCAUGCUUCCCUUCCAAAUCCCCAUGUUGCUCCCACCUCAGCCCAUGCACAAUGCACUGCCUCUUCAAAUGCAUACCCCGCUGUUGCUCCCACUGAGAUAGGCACCUUCUCCCAGGUGAAUUCUGCUGCCCCCUAUCUACCAGAUAUGAUACUGCACCCUUCUUUGCUCCCUCCUCUGGAUCCUUCACUUUCCUCUUCUGCCCCACCCUCCAUUUAUAAUCCCUUUCCCUCCUACUCGGUACGUCUUUGCCAGGACCCACGAUCUUCCCUGCAUUUACCCCUCAGGCAUAUUUAUAGACAGCCACAGCAUGCCCAUGCUCAUGGUCAGGGGUCUUACUUUGAUCUUGGAGGAAGAGCUGUGUUCUGAGAAUGAACAGAAAAUAAGAAAUAUCUCCAAGGCGUGACCAAGAUUUCUGCAUUAGUGUAUUAAUACCUAUAGUUCUAAAGAAAGCACUGCACAUUUUGUUUAACCAUCAUUUAUGAUAGUGGAAAUGUUUAAGUAUUUCUACUGUUUGUAAGAUUUUUUGUUUGUUUGUUUGUUUGUUUUUGAUUCUGAAAUGUAGCUACUGUAGCUUUAAUCAAAUCUUUAA